AUGACUGUAACGAACAGACGGUACCAUCGGGGACAUCUUUCAACGUCGACCCAUUUUCAGCACCCGGCCAGUACCGUUUCUUCCCAUGCGUUAGCACCGGUGAGUAGCAGCAACACGGGCAACACGACCAACAAUCUGGAUAGUAACGGCGAGGAGGAUGGCAGUGCCAUGUUUACACCGUUCCCCAAACACGUGCCAUAUCCGAACGUGGAGCAAAGCUCCGAACUCAUGAACGAGCUGCUUAUAUUCUGCUUCACGAUCCUUGCCAGUGCGACUCAGUUUUUGCACCUGUAUCGAUCGGUCUGGUGGUUGCCGAAUUCUUACAACCGGCAAGCUGUGAAUUUUUACCUAAUCGACUGGGAUUUGGCCAUCUUUAUCGACAUUAUGGCUAGCCGGCGAUUGCUGUACUGCUGCAUUCUGAAGUUUCUCGAUGCAAACUGCCCCGAAGCGUAUGUGGAAGUGAGCAAAAAGGUGGCCAAAUAUACCUUCCUUGCGUUCGUGGUGGUUUCGUUUGCUGUUUGUGGGACACAAAUUUACCAGAAAGCCAGCUACAUUCAUCUGUUCGUGUUGAGCUAUCCGUUGGUACUGUACUUAAUGAUAUUUGGGCUUAAUUUGGAGCAGUUCCUGCGUACAAUCGUCGAUACAGAGCCGAACUGCAUUAACGGAAUGCCGUUGCACAGCUGCUCGUCUAAUCCGAACUCGAUCCGAGCGGAAAUCGAUGCACUGAGGACAAACUUUAACAGCCGAUGCAAGCAAGUUAUCUUCACUUCAUUGCUGAACGCGUACUAUGCCGGCUUUGUUCCUUGUGUGCUUGCCUCGAAGCAUCUGUAUUACAACAAUUUCUGGACGACGCAACAUUUGGCGUGCGUGUUUGUUGGCGGGUUUACCAUGUGCGUGACGUACUGCUUCCCGAUGCGAUACUGCGAUGUGUUUCACCGGGCCGCACUACAUUUGGGCCAGUGGCACCGGGUGAACAACCGUUCGAACAGUGUGCCGGCGUACACCUGGUCGAAGACGAACAUUUACCCGCACGGUACGUACGUGCGCCAUAUGGGCGAGGUGUAUCGAUCGGUGGGCUAUUGCACUUCGGCCAUACCCGCCAAUAGCAGCCAUUAUAGGUUUUAUGCAAUUUUUAGCUAUCAUGUCAUCAUAUACAUGACGCUAUUUGCAGUACAGAUGCUGUUGAUAGUGUUACAACUUGUUAUAUUCGCCCUUACGCCCGAGUGGCAGAACGUACUGUCGGUUGGCUUUCUAUUGCUGACUAAUUUUUUCACACUGUUUCGGAUUGCACGUGAUUACUUCAUUGCUCGCCGGAUAUAUGCCAGCGAACCACUGUAUCUAGGCAUGAAGCUGCAGUAG